AUGGAGCCACAGGACAAGGAGCCGCUCGGACAGGAUGGCGCCAAGACCGUAGAAACGCCUGCUCCAAGCGUUGCUGACAGCGGUGUGGCAUCGAGCGUCACACCUGAAGUGGUUCAAACAACGGAGGGCACUCCACGUCACGAAAUACAGCCUCUACCAUCAUCACUCACAGACCAAGCGCCGCAGACUACACUAGGCUUUGCAGGCGGAUUUCAGCCUCCUACCCUCAAGGAAGAAGUGAGCUUGCCGGAGAGCCUCGACGCCUCAUCCAUUGCAUCAUCAUCUGCUACACCCAUACCAGCAAACCAUCAACAGAAUCGACCAGACGACACAGACUUCGUCCAGCAUCCAGUACAACAUGCUCAAUUAGCUGAAGAGCAGGAGCUCGAGCCAGAGGACGAUGACGAUUCUGCUAUCGGCAGCGAUACUCAAAGCCUAACGACCACUUUGAGCGAAUCCAUAUACAACUACAGAAGGGAACAUGGACGAACGUACCAUGCAUACAAGGACGGCAAAUACAUAUUUCCCAAUGACGAGCGAGAAGCUGAUCGGCUCGACCUUCAACAUCACCUCUUUCGGAUCACUUUUGGCAAUCGCCUGUAUUUUGCACCACUAAAGGACGUCAAGCGAGCUAUCGACAUCGGCACAGGUACCGGAAUCUGGGCGGUCGACUUCGCCGAUGCACAUCCUGAGGCUGAGGUCAUUGGUAUUGAUCUCAGUCCCGGUCAACCGACAUUGGUUCCACCAAACCUCAAGUUCAUAAUAGACGAUGCGGAAGACCUGUGGAUAUACGACCAGACAUUCGACUACAUCCAUGCGAGAUUGAUGGCGGGCUGUUUUGCCGACUGGCAGAACUUUUUUAGGCAAGCGUACCAGAAUCUCGAGCCCGGCGGCUGGCUCGAACUCCAAGACUACGGCCUUCCUGUCAAGUCCGCGGAUAACACCCACCUUGGCACCGAUCUCCUACGCUGGGGCGAGCUUCUCUGCCACGCCGCGCGCAACCUCGGCCGUCCAAUGGGCAGUGAUGUCUCGGAAAAAUACGAAGAAUGGAUGCGAGACGCCGGCUUCGUCGACAUCCAACAGCGCAUGUUCAUGUGGCCGUCCAACAAUUGGCCACGUGAUCCCUACAUGAAAGAACUCGGGCGGUGGAACCAAGUCAAUAUCCUUGAUGGCCUCGAAGGGUUCUGUCUGGCUUUGCUCACGCGCGGACUAGGGUGGACCAAGCAGGAGGUUGAUGUUUUUGUGGCGAGGGUGGGGAGGGAUUUGAAGGAUAGGAGAAUUCAUGCUUACUUUCCCAUGCCGGUCACUUUCGGAAGGAAGCCAUAUCCUGGCGAGAGCGUACAUUGA